AUGAGCUGUGCCUCAUCCCAGGCGGCCAUUGCUUUGUCGACCUCAUCCAGACACUUCUCUACCACCCCGAAUACUUACCAAGGAGUCACUCUUUUACAAGACAAGCAAAAUGGAUUUGGCUUCGUGCGGUCAAACCCUAGACCUGCCAAACCCAGAACAAGGGGGGUCACUGAGAUCAGAGGCCCAUACUACUCAGUCAUGGGUAAAAGAUAUCUCGGAGAUAUCCUCGAAACGAUGGCCGACCAUGUAGAUGGUCUCAAGUUUGCUGGAGGUGCUUUUUCUCUCUUUCACGAGAAACCACUACAGGAAUUGGUCGAUCUGGCCCAUCAGCACGGCGUGUACAUCUCAACGGGUGGAUGGGCUGAGCAUCUCCUUACACACCCCGAUCCAAAUACGGUAUUUGACCGCUACUUGAAGAAAUGUAAGGAUCUCGGACUCGACGUCAUUGAACUGUCUUCCGGUUUCCUAUCAAUCCCAGAGGAUGACUGGCUCCGCCUUAUUGACAAAGUGCACUCAUACAAGUUGGAACCAAAGCCUGAAUUGGGGAUUCAAUUCGGAGCCGGUGGGGACACACCUGCCUCGGGACUUGAAGCAAUUGGGACCUCAGACCCCGGCAAAUUGGUAAACUUGGGUCGUAAAUUCCUUGACGCUGGCGUGAAGCGGUUGAUGAUCGAAUCGGAAGGCAUCACUGAAAACGUCAAGUCCUGGCGGACUGAUGUGGUGUCAAGGAUUAUGAAGGAGCUUCCUCCUGAGCGUGUCAUGUUUGAGGCUGCAGAUCCCAAGGUCUUCAAUUGGUACGUCCGUGAGUUUGGUGUUGAUAUCAACCUCUUUGUGGAUCACAGCCAGAUUGUGCAGUUGGAAUGCCUGCGGGCUGGCAUCUGGGGCACUGCCGACACCUGGGGCAAGAUAGUAUCAUUCCGGCCAUAAUCCUCGGAAAUUUUGGG